GACGCUGCCGGGCUGGGAGCGGAGCCUGCGAGCGGGAACGGGAGCGGGAGCGGGAGCCGGAGCCGCCGAGCGCGCUGCCCGCCGCCCCGCCGCCGAUGACUCGGGAGCUCGGGUGCAAGCGCCGCCCAUGCAGCAUCUCUGCGCUCCGCGGACCGAGAGUUGAUGAAAAACCGCUUAGCCGUCUCCGCUGCGGGGAGCCAUGAGCUGUCUGGAUGUUAUGUACCAAGUCUAUGGUCCUCCCCAGCCUUACUUCGCAGCCGCCUACACCCCCUACCACCAGAAACUAGCCUACUACUCCAAAAUGCAGGAAGCCCAAGAGUGCAACGCCAGCCCCAGCAACAGCACCGGCAGCGGCAGCUCCUCCUUUUCCAGCCAAACUCCAGCCAGUAUCAAAGAGGAAGAAGGCAGCCCAGAGAAAGAGCGCCCACCAGAGGCGGAGUACAUCAACUCCCGCUGCGUCCUCUUCACCUAUUUCCAGGGGGACAUCAGCUCGGUGGUGGACGAGCACUUCAGUAGGGCCUUGAGCCAGCCUAGCAGCUAUUCCCCGAGCUGUACGAGCAGCAAAGCACCCAGGAGCUCCGGGCCCUGGCGGGACGGCUCCUUCCCGAUGAGCCAGCGCAGCUUCCCCGCCUCCUUCUGGAACAGCGCGUACCAGGCACCGGUGCCCGCGCCGCUGGGCAGCCCGCUGGCCGCCGCGCACUCGGAGCUGCCCUUCGCCGCCGCCGACCCCUACUCGCCGGCCGCGCUGCACAGCCACCUGCACCAGGGCGCGGCCGAGCCCUGGCACCACGCGCACCCGCACCACGCGCACCCGCACCACCCGUACGCGCUGGGCAGCGCGCUGGGCGCCCAGGCCGCCGCCUACCCGCGGCCCGCCGCCGUGCACGAGGUCUACGCGCCGCACUUCGACCCGCGCUACGGGCCGCUGCUGAUGCCCGCGGCCUCCGGGCGCCCCGCCCGCCUCGCGCCCGCGCCGGCGCCCGCGCCCGGCAGCCCGCCCUGCGAGCUCUCCGCCAAGGGCGAGCCGGCCGGCGCCGCGUGGGCCGCGCCCGGGGGACCCUUCGCCAGCCCCGCGGGGGACGUGGCCCAGGGGCUGGGACUCAGCGUGGACUCAGCUCGUCGUUAUUCCCUCUGUGGUGCGUCCCUCCUGAGCUGAUCUGCUGACCCCGGUUCCCCCUUCCCUUUCCCUUCCGACCAGCCACGGAGGCUCAGCACCUGGGCCUCUCACUUCAUGGAUGAGGACACGGGGGAAGGCAGAGACUUCAAACUGCUCCGUGUAUUGCGAAAACCAAAACAUACAUCUACAGAAGUUUUGUCUAACAAUAAUUCCUUCCGCGGAAAGAGCAGAUCCAAAGACUCUGAAUCAUGUUACAAGCCUUCCGGGCAGAUCACUGGAAAUAUCUGCGGUGAUCUCACUUAGGUGAUAUGAUGUCAUAAGUUUUCUUGAAAAGAGGAGGGGGGAAAAAGGGACUCUUUUGGUGUGAAUAUUUUUUAUGCUGAUGUGAAUUAUGUCAUUAAGUGGUGUGACCAUAUAGCACUACUGAUGUCAGUAUCCUCACAUUUAAAAUGUAUUUGUAUUUGCAUCAAAGACUGUGGUAGAGAAGUAAAAGAGGCCACUUCCUUCUUCCUCACCUCAUGGCCUCCAGCUCCCUUCAUGCCCACUCCCUCUCUGCAACACCCACUCCAGACACAAAGACACACUUUUUUCAUUUGGACUGUGAACAUGGAAGCCUCAGCCUAAAUGUGAGUGGCAAGUGGCUUAUCUGAAGCCACCUGCCCAAGUCUUACUGAAAUGCAGCUGUUGUAAGGACAACUGUUUGAAAACUCCAGAAAUACAUCGACCAAGGUGGCACUUCCCAGUGUUUGGCACAACAAUUGCAAUUGCACUGGAUCUAUUUUAUAUGUGUGUGUGUGUGUAGAUAUAUAUCCUAUUUUUUACGAGAAACAUUUUACGAUGAAAGAAGAAACUCUUCUCUGCCUUCUCCUACAAAUUCCAUCUCUCCUUCCAUCCUCCUCUGGAUGAAAAAAAAAAAAGCAGCAAGGAACCCCAACUGCCUCCAUGAAGAAGAACCAGGAAUCGCCACAAGGGGAAGAAAUGUCCAUGGAGUCUCCAGUACCUCGAAUAUUCCUCUCAGUCUCUAUGGUCACUGUUUGGUCACUUUAAUUUUGGCACAGGGGAAGGGGUCCACAGGUGGGCAAAGCUGCAGGUAACGAGGAAGAAGAAAUGAACAGUAAAAAUGUCUCUUUACUACAGGGUCGCUGUGUUAUUUCAUAAAAAGGAGAUAAAUGUCUUAGUCUUUCUCUAGUGGAAUAAAAUAAUUUA